AUGGCAGACCUAGGUCAGGCACUGGAAAAGGCUGGUGUCUCGGGCCAGAAGAGUGAGGGGAUCUCCAUUAAGACUUUUGUCGCAUCUUUGGCCACUGCGAUAAUCAUCUUCACCGUCGAAUUCCUCCUGUUUUUGGUCCUGAAGGGGAAACUUCUGCGCAUCUAUCAGCCUAGAACUUACCUCGUUCCGGACCGAGAGCGCACCGCACCCUCGCCUCCGGGUCUCUUCCGAUGGGCUGGUCCUGUCUUUCGCACGUCAAGCACCGAAUUUAUUCAAAAAUGCGGACUGGACGCCUAUUUCUUCCUAAGAUACCUGCGCAUGCUUCUCAAGAUCUUCGUUCCCCUAGCUUGUAUUAUACUCCCGGUUCUCUUGCCGCUGAAUAAAGUCGACGGCAAGGAUCAGACAUACAAGAACGGCACAGGGGGAGAACAGUGGAACGUGACAGGCCUGGAUCAGCUCGCCUGGGGCAAUGUCGCCCCAGAGAACACGGAUCGAUACUGGGGCCAUCUCAUCAUGGCCCUCAUCGUCAUCAUAUACGUAUGCGCAGUCUUCUUUGACGAGCUCAGAGGCUACAUUCGCCUUCGACAGUCCUACUUGACUUCUCCACAGCAUCGACUUCGCGCAUCCGCCACCACGGUCCUAGUGACCGCCAUCCCCGAAAGCUGGCUUUCUGUGGAAGCUCUGGAGUCCCUGUAUGAUGUCUUUCCUGGUGGGAUUCGCAACAUAUGGAUCAACCGCAAUUUUGACGACCUCAACGAGAAGGUGAAGGAACGCGAUGCCUUAGCUUUGAAACUCGAGGCUGCAGAAACGGAUCUGAUUAUCAAAUGCAAAAAGGCCCAGAUUAAACAGGCCAAAGCCGAGGCGAAGAAGGCCGGCAUGGACACCAAGUCGUUCCAGAAAGCCGCUGAUAAAAAAGCUUCCCAGCUCGCGAUGGACGCCGGUAUCAGUUCCGGUGACCCAGGCCAAGCCCACACGCUUGAUCAAGUCUUACACCGAAAUAAUACCUGGAAGGAGAAAGCCAACGCUGGUCGACGGAAGUUCAUGAAUCCUUUGGACCCCGCUCUGGGUGCAGCUGGGGCGGUCGGCCACGGUGUUGGCAAGCUCGGGAGGACCGUCCUGGACGGUUUCAAGAGGGUGGAACAUGGAAUCGAUGGCGCAUCGUCCCAGACUCCGGGAAAUACCCCAGAAAAUGGUCAUCCAGGGGCUAUCGAUGACAGCGCACAACCUUCACAUCAUUCUGAACAGCCGCCUGGUUCUUCCAGCAGCGAGAACAAGGGGAAUGCGUCACAAGUCCAGGCCCAUGGUGCAGUGCCAACUAGCUCAGCACCCGACUCCAGUUCCAAACGACCGUUUUGGAAGUCUAGAGGCUCUAGUAAUUCAAAGAUCAGCAACAACACAGAGCCUGAUGAAUUGCCUCUCACCCUUCCCGAGCCUUCCAUCGGCGAGGUCUCUGACAGGGACACGCUGGCGCCGUCGGAGAAAGCAAGAAGUCGACGCGAAGGAGCUCACCACGAAGGAGACCAAAUUGAAGGCAAUGAAUAUCCAGUGGCAUACAAUGAUAAUUUCGAUGAAGGUCUUGGUGAGCCCUUGUGGAAGAAGUAUAUUAAGCAGAAAGACCGUGAUACGAUGCGACUGCCCAUUUUCGGUCUCUCUUGGAUGCCCUCCCUCUGGCUCAUCGGCAAAAAAGUGGACACCAUCGACCACUGUCGAAAAGAAGUGGCCCGCUUGAACCUUGAAAUCGAAUAUGACCAGCAGCAUCCCGAAAAAUUUCCGCUCAUGAACUCUGCGUUCAUUCAGUUCAACCACCAAGUCGCAGCUCAUAUGGCCUGCCAGGCGGUCAGCCAUCACGUCCCCAAGCAGAUGGCUCCCCGUAUAGUCGAGAUUUCCCCGGACGAUGUCAUUUGGGACAAUAUGUCAAUGCGAUGGUGGGAGCGGUAUUUACGCACAUUCGGUGUCCUCGCCCUUGUGUCGGCCAUGGUGGUUGGAUGGGCCUUCCCUGUGGCAUUCACCGGUCUCCUCUCCCAACUGUCGUACCUGGAAGAUGCCUUCACCUGGUUAUCAUGGAUCUCCAAACUUCCCGAAUGGUUUAUCUCUGCUGUUCAGGGUAUUCUACCCGCUCUUUUCUUGGCUAUAUUAAUGGCCUUGCUGCCCCUUAUUCUUCGCUUCUUAUGCCGAACCCAAGGCCUGCACACAGGCAUGGCUGUUGAACUGACUGUUCAGAAUUACUACUUUGCGUUCUUGUUCGUUCAGCUCUUCCUGGUUGUUGCCAUUUCUUCCAGUUUCUCUACCAUCAUCAACAACGUCACGAACUUAACCAGCUGGCCUGAACUGCUUGCGCAGAACAUCCCCUUAUCCAGCAACUAUUUCUUCUCGUACAUGAUUCUUCAGGCAAUGUCGGUGAGCGCAGGAGCUUUGGUGCAGAUUGCCAACCUAGCCAGCUGGUUCAUCCUUGCGCCAAUCUUUGAUACGACCGCUAGGACCAAAUGGGCACGGACGACAAAUCUGAAUCAAAUGCAAUGGGGAACCUUCUUUCCGGUCUACACUACACUGGCCUCCAUCGGUGGGUUCUCCAACAAGAUGACUCUUCUUGAAACGCUGCUUGCUAACUCACAUGCAGGAUUGAUCUACAGCGUUAUUUCGCCGCUCAUUCUGAUCUUCAACGUCAUCACUUUCGGUUUGUUCUGGUUUGUCUAUCGGUACAACACGCUAUAUGUCACCAAGUUCCGUUUCGAUACCGGCGGGUUGCUGUUCCCUCGUGCGGUCAACCAGCUGUUUACCGGAAUCUACAUCAUGGAGAUCGCCUUGAUUGGUUUGUUCUUCUUGGUUCGCGAUGUGGAGGGUUCAGUGGCCUGUAAAGGGCAGGCCAUCUGCAUGAUCGUCGUCCUCAUCCUCACUGUCGGAUAUCAAGUCCUGUUGAAUGAAGCUUUCGGCCCUCUCAUCCGUUAUCUACCAAUCACAUUGGAGGAUGAAGCGGUGCGUCGAGAUGAAGAGUUUGAGCGUGCUCAACGAGCACGUCUCGGCCUGCUAGACGACGAGGAGACGGAAACUCCUGAGCAUCAACAGACAGACCUGGAUCGAAGGCACAGUACCGAUGGUAUCGAAUUGAAGAAUCUCGAUGGCGAGAUGACAAGACCGACCUUCCACGCACGUCAAUCAUGGGCAGAUAGAUCGUCCAACCGCCGUUCGCAAUUUUACGCAGCCCACUCGGACAGAUCUGUGCCUACUGUCAAACGUAUGCGGGAGAAAUUGGCUCAGGACACUGAAAACCAAGGCCCGCAUCAACAAGGUCAGGCAUUGUUUGCCGGCAUCCACGACGAACUGGAGGAUCUCACCCCCGAUGAACGUGACCAGCUGGUCCAACGAGCCUUCCAGCAUGAUGCAUUGCGAGCUAAACGUCCUGUCAUCUGGAUUCCGCGGGAUGAUAUCGGUGUCAGCGAUGACGAAGUGUACCGCACACAACGGUUCAGCAAACAUAUCUGGAUCAGUAACGAGUACCAGGCUUUGGAUGGAAAAUGUCGCACCAUUUUCAGCCGCAGUCCACCCGACUUUUCUGAAAUUGACCUCAUCCAACUAUGA